AUGUCUGAUGUUCAGGCCGAGCCUUCGCGGCUGCACCCGCGUCGCCGCCCCGUCUUAAACAGUACUCUGCCCGCACUGUCGACCGACUCGCCUGAGGUUAAGAUGCACUUGAAGAAGGGCGAGACUUUCAACACUCCAACUUCCGCUCCAUCCAGUGAUCGGGAUCCUGUUUUGAACAUCCGUUCUUUGCCCGUCCGUUCUCCGACAUCGCUAGAGUCCCUCGCUGCUGCCGAAGAGCGUAUGACAUCGAUCUUGGACCGGUUGACUCUGGAGCCCACCGACGACAAGCAUUCUACCGGCGACAGCGACAAGACCGCUCCGCCCAUGUCUAAUUCACCCGGCCCUGCAAAUGCUGAGAGUCGCAGUUUGCCCAUCCCACUGGAUGAGAAGAAAACCCGACAGGCCAAUAGCCACGAGUCUGAUAGUGGACUCGGAACUUCGGUCAGCAGCGAAGAGGGGUUGUUCGAAUCUUCAACGAAAGUCAACGACGGCGUUCACGACAACCAGUCUGCCAUCACAGGCUCUAUCUCGUCAUUGGAGAGCGGCACUUCCCCAAAACGUCAACUAGGCCCCAUUGCCUGCAAGCAAAUUGAACGAUACGUGCUGGUCCCCAUCCUCAAGGAGCCUCGUUUGAAGCCCUUCCACUCGCUAGUCCGCAGCGUCCCGCAGCGCAUCAUCAACAAGCAGAUUGUGUGCUUGCGUGAUCUUGAAAAGACCCUAUUGUGGUUGGCGCCGAACUCCACUACUUCACGGAAUUCUUAUCUCAACUUCUGCGAGUUCACCAUCCAGUGCUUGCAUACUUCGACUUCGCAUCUGAACGACCGUGAUCAACGACUACCAGCCGAUCGACCUUACACUAACGGAUACUUCCUUGACCUUGUUUCACAGGCCAGACGCUACGCAGCCAUGGUUCGCGAUCAGCGCCAGCGGGUCCAAGCGACCCAAGGCUCCAAGUCCGAAAAGGAGACCGUCCCUACUCUCUCUGCCAAUCUCUCUCUCGAGGGUGGCUUGACCAAGAACGGAAAGGCUGCUGAACUUGUUGUCAUGCAAGAUGGCAAGCCAAUCUCCCUGGCUACCGGAAAGCCUUAUGAGGUUGAUGCCUCUGCUCCUAUCAAGCGUACCAUCACCAUUGACGGUGCCACCGAUGAAGGCGUUGAGCGCUCUAUGGCCCGCCGAAAGAAGGACGCACCCCCUAUGAACAUCAACCAAAAGUGUUCCGACUGUGACAAAGUCUUCAAGCGCCCUUGCGACUUGACCAAGCAUGAAAAAACCCACACCCGUCCCUGGAAGUGUGAAGAUCCCAAGUGCAGCUAUUUCACCAAAGGCUGGCCCACUGAGAAGGAACGUGAUCGUCACAUGAACGACAGACAUUCAGACAAACCCACUCUCUUCCGAUGCACUUUCCACAAUUGUCCUUACGCAUCCAAGCGGUCCAGCAAUUGCAAACAACACAUGGAGAAGUCGCACGGGUGGGUCUAUGUUCGGUCUAAGAACAAUGGUCGCAGUGGCAGUGGCAGCAGCAAGCGGGGCUCCUCCGUACAAGAUACUCCCAUGACUCCCAGCGUAUCCACUCCGGCUUCCAAGGCCACUGACUUUGCAUCACCCAUCCCUGGGCCUAGUCCUUCGCCUAGCGACCAGACCUACGGAUGGCCUGAGAACCCCCCUUUCAAUUUCGCAGAGCCUCCUAUGCCUGCCCAAGGUGAUGACUUCCCUCUGUUUGGUGAAGCCUCACCCUACUUGAUGAACGAUAUCAAUUCGUUCCCCAACACAAUGAACCUCACUGCGUUCCAAAACCAGUUCGAGUCUGGGGACCCGAACGGUCUGAUCCCGGCGUUGGAAAUGCAUCGCCAGUCUAUGAACUCCAUGUCUGUGCCCUCUACUGACUCGGUUCCUGAUCUGAUGGGCCCUGUCUCCUUCGACGGAUCUCCUCUCACCGGCACGGAAAGCAUCAACUUCGACCAGGAAUGGAGCAAUCUCGACUACCCAAUGAAUGAGGACUACACCGCCAUGCCACUUCAACUUCCCCAGGGUCACAACCUGGACGCAAUGAAGGGCUACACCAACGAUUAUGAUCACAUGAACGUCAACCAUCUGUCUUAUGGCCCUGCAGGAAAGGUGUCUGGUCUCUCUCCCGGUGCGCAGGGCAAUGCUAUGCUGUACUCCCCCGACUCCUCCAACGUCGGUGAUACCCUUUCUGAGCGGUACGAGUAUGCCCAGUCCCAGGUUAGCAGUGACUACACCCAGGGCGGCAAUGACUUCACCCUAUACAACCAGCAUGCGCAAAUGGGCCACAGCGCGCAGCCCAUGAUGUCGGCUCCCAGCGACCAAUCUGCUCGCUACCGCCAGCUGCAGCAGAACAUGUUCCCUUCCCUUGACCAGGAGCGGGCAUUCCAGGGCAUGUCCUACGCUGGUCAUCCUCAGGCCAACUACCUGCCUCGCGACAUGAAGCUGGAAUUCAUGGAGUAA